AUGUAUCCCUCCUGUUUCAACUGGGCGCAAAUUAGUGGGACGGCGUUUACACGCAGCGCAGGCGCGGUAUGUUAUCGGGCCACAGCUCAAACAUACAGGCUGGGUGCAACUGGCUGUAGGUCGGACUGGUCACCUCCAGGCUGGCUGCUAGCUCGCGAUGUGCUGUGGCUACUGGCGUUCUGCGGCUUCGCUAUCAAUUAUUCUGUUCGAGUCAACCUCAACAUCGCCAUCGUUGCCAUGGUGAAGGGCAGCGCGCCGCUUGAUAGGGAGGCCGAGGACGUCGGAUACUGCACGCAGUCCGGAGCUGUUCUUCAAAAUACCUCCGACGUUAGCAUCACCAGCGAUCAAGGCAGCCUCUGGAAUGUCGUCACUGGCGCAAACAGUACCAGCUUCAACACGUCGUUGGAGAUUGGCAGUACCAACCUGCAGGCACACCUGGACCCCGAUUCAACUUACGCCCUGUUGCAGGAUGGCCUCUUUGACUGGGAUGAAAAGCAGCAGGGUCUGGUGUUGGGCUCCUUCUUCUGGCUGCACUGGUCCACACAGAUCCCAGGCGGCAUACUGGCGAGGCGUUUCAGCCCGAAGCUGGUGUUCGGUCUGAGUAACCUGGGAGCUUGCCUGCUCGCCGUUCUCAUCCCAUUGGCUGCCAGCGUCGACUAUCGAGCCCUCAUCGCAGUCAGGGUCUUUCAGGGCAUCGUUGCAGGUAUGGCGUGGCCGGCGAUGCACUGCCUGAUAGCGCGGUGGGUGCCUCCCAACGACAGGAGUAAGUUCGUCAGCGCCUACCUGGGCAGCAGCAUGGGCGCAGCGCUGACGUUCCUUGUUUCGGGCCUCCUGAUUGGCUGGCUGGGGUGGCCCGCCGUCUUCUACGCCACCGCACUGGCUGCGGCCGUCUGGUUCUUCGCCUGGUGGCUCCUCAUCUUCGACCACCCGCACAAGCAUCCCCGUAUCUCGACCUCCGAGCUAGCAAACCUCCACGCCAGUUUGGGAGAAGAUACUGCUGUCAAUAAGCCAACUACGCCUUGGAAGCACAUCCUGACCUCGCCACAAGUGUGGCUGAUCGUCUACACGCAGUGGGGAGGCUUCUGGGGGCUGUUCACGGUGCUGACGCAGGCGCCCACCUACAUGAGGAACAUCCACGGCUGGGGUAUCGGCAUGGUCGGUCUUCUGACAGGGCUGCCACACGUCUGCAGGACGAUGUUCUCGCUGGUCGUGUCCUCUGUUGGUGAUUGCCUGCUCAAGAGGGGCCUCUUAUCCAGGACUAAGCUCAGGAAGUCUGCCGCCGUUAUAUACCUGCUGGGGCAGGGGGCGCUGCUGGUGGGCGUGGCUUGCUCCGGCUGCAGUGGCGUGGCUGCCGCCGCCUGCAUCACGGCCGCCGUCGCCGUCAGCGGCGCCAUCUCCACGGGGCCCCUGGCCGCCAUUAUAGACCUCAGCCCCAGCUACUGCGGAAUCCUGCUGGCUCUCACGAACAUGAUAUGUGUGACACCGGGUUUCAUCUCGCCAAUCAUGGUGGGCCAUCUUACGUACCAGGCUCAAACGCCGGAACAGUGGCGAGUGGUGUUCUUGGUGGUGGCGGCGCUGGUGUCGUUCUCCGGUCUGAUGUACGUGCUCUUCUCAACGGCGCAGCAGCAGCCCUGGGACCCACCCUGUGGGCAGCCCUACGCAGGUGCAGGGGGAGGCGUCGCAACCGAGAGACAGCCCCUCCAGGAGGACAACGCCCACAAGGGAUGCACCUAGGCUGCCGCUUACUGUCAGGAAACACCCCUACGUACUACUGUACCCUCUACGACCGUUUCAUAAUAGGGGACCUUCCAUAGUCAGUACAUGCAAUCUUGGCAGUCUUGACAUUGUAUCUAACAUUUUGGUCUACCUUUUAAAUCCAACAGUACACAUUUCCAAUCAAUUACAUCCAGCCUAUUGCAUUCUUCCUAACUAACUAUUCAUCCUAAAUGACAAUCAGUGACACUGUUCCCUAACUAUCCAUCAAACUGCAGGUGUGACCCAAGGAUCCGUCCUAUCACCGCUCCUUUAUCUCUUAUACUCAGUCAACGAUCCAAAUGAACUCCCUCUUGUGUACAUGCUUCGAUAUCCAGUAGACGCUGCCCUCUUUGUAGAUCAUCCUACCUUCCAUUCAUCUCAAUGGACCCUUCAACUCCAUCCCAACAACUUCACCUUGUGGAGUAACCGGUGAUACCUUUCCAUCAAUCUUGCAAAACCCCAGGCAAUAAUUAUAGGAAAAAUCACCCAUUAGUCUGACAAUUCAUAUCACCACUGCCUGACCCAACAAACCAGAACAGUAAAAUUUCUAGGACAAACAUUUAUUCAAAAACUAACCUGGACCCUGGGCUACUAAAAAUCCCAAAGCCCACAAUAUGUUAAACUCCUGAAACAAGUAAUCAGGUUGACAUGGAUGGUAAACCCCAUGAACAUAAUGUAGCUUGGACUUCUGUUUCUGCCAAUUUUAUCAGUCGCACGAGAUCCUGGAAUGACAUGCGCUCCAUGUUACUUACCGUACCUGACUAACUUCUCCCACUUGUAUGCUGUACCAGUUCACCAAAUACGCACACCUCCUCAAACACUAAGAACACCUUCAGCUCUCCUAAAUUUUCCAUAAACAUGAGUCCCAGUACCCCAUAGUCUCCCCUAUCGCUGAGGACACUAGCCUCCUGCUACAUGUCAGUCAUCACAUUCCACCAUCCCUUCAUUUACAAACAUUCCACCUUGUGGAACAUAAUUUCUGUCAAUUUUCCCUCCAAAGUCUUUACCUCAUCUCUUCAGUAUACCCUUUCUUCCAACCAUAACCUAUCCGUCCCAUUCCAAAAAAGGCUACAUCUCUCCAUAUCCUUGCCCUGCUAGUGUCCCAUUCGUAUCAUCCCACCUACGUCUGACGAAUCAGUUCCUCACCAUACAGAAAUCCAACAUCCUUUUUCAUAUAAUACGCACUCCAAUACUUACACCUCAGUCCUCACCCAUACCUACCAGAAACCCCAUCAUACCACAGUCAUAAUGCAAAAAAUGCACAUCACCAUCAUCUUCUGAUAAAAAUCAGCUAUUUUACCUCCUUCAAUCUUUUAGACUGAGCUGUAAAUUUAUAAAUCAGGUACUGAAGAGUGACAAUUUGGCAACUGCCUGUCUCCCUAAUUGGGGAAAUGCACAUAACUGAUAAAUAAACCAAUACAAAUCUCCUACACAACUUACAAAGUUGUCUUACAUUUCCUACAGACUUGAUACCAACCAUCUUAUCAUUUCCUAUUGAUCUUCAAUCCAGUACUACAAUGCACCAAUGUUGUUGUGGUCAUCAGUUUGAACUGGUUUCAAAGCCUCCACACUAGUUCAUUCCACAUAAGUUUCUUUAUCUCUGCGCCCUACAUCCAUCUGAACCUGUUUACUCUUUUCGUACCUUGGUCUCCCACUGCGGUUUUUAACCUUCCUUUUCUCGCUUCCCCUGACUCCAACAAAAAUCUUUCCACUCUGAUUCAGUUCAGUAUCUCUUUUUUAGUUAUUUUAUUUACCCAUCUAAUCUUAAGCAUUCGUUUGUACUAAAACAUUUCAGAACCCAUUCUCUUGUUGUUGUAUGGUUUAUUGUGCAUGUUUCGCUUUUGUAUUAGGCUUGACCAAAAGAACAAAUACUUCGAGAGAAGACUUAACACAUAAAUUAAUAUCCGAUUUUAACAUAUUUCUCUUUUUCAAAAAUUGUUUCCUUGCUAUUUCCAGUCUGCAUUUUACACUCUUUACUUCUGCCAUUCUCAGAUAUUUUCUGUCUAAAUAGCUGAAUGUGCCUAUUGCUUUCAGCAUCUUGCUUCCCAGUCUAGUCUUCUCAGCAUUACACAGUUUAAUUCGACUACAAUUCAUUACCCUUGUCUUACUUUUAUCAAUGUUUAGUUUUUAGCCUCCUUUUGAGAUGCUAUCCAAAUCUCUUUCUGUAACCAACAGAAUUACAAUUCUCUCAGCAAACAUUAAAGCUUUUUCUCUGAAAUUCAGUUCACUUAUCGCAUUUCUUAUUUGAUUCAUUUACUGUUUGCUCGGUGUACAGAUUGACUUAAGUGCAGAACAUACUACAUUCAUGUCUCACUUCGUUCUCAACUUCUGCCUUUCAUGUCUUCCUACACUUUGAACUGUAGUCAAGCUUUUGUUCUGCAGAAGUUGUAGUUAACCUGUCAUACAGAGUAUUUUAUCUAUUAUAAUGAGAGAUUUGCCAAGAGUGUAAUCCAUUAAACUUUGUAAAAAGCGUUUUGUUAAUUUGCAAAUGCUAAAAAUAUUGAUUUAACUUUUUCAACUGAUUCAUAGUAAAAUUAAUGCUUCUAUGUUACUAUGUUUCUCUAAAUCCUAAAAUGAUCUCUACUCUCAGCGAUUUCUACUUGUCAUUUCAUCUGUACCAAUACAUUUCCUGAACUGUAUACAUAAACACAUUACCUAUAAAACGUUAACCACCUUCUCCUAUUUAAUUAUGAUAUUCUUCCAGCUUUUACAAAGUCAUGUUUUUUCUCUCUACAGCAGGGCUCCUCUCGUUCCCUCUUCUUCUUUUACCAAAAUCUCAGUUUGAGAUCCCCGUUGUGACCAUCCUUGCUUUCUUCUGUCACAAAAUCCUUUGCGUAACUUCCACACCACCUUUAGCCAUUCAACAUACCGAUAAUCAGCCACAUUUCGCCCUCCAUGUCUACAGUAUUCUGACACCAAUGCUGUAGAUACCUCACAUAAAAAUAACUUUCAUCCACAAAGUCUUAAAAUUCAUCUCACCCAUCUUUUACGUACACGAACAAAACCAGCUGUUAUUUUUUAAGUCGUAGUUGGAUCAUACAUACUUUAAAAAUGUUUAAAAUGCAAAUAUUUUGAAACUUUUCACAUCGUAAAGCAACUGUUUAUAGAUAGUUUCUCUAAAACUUUACUGAAUAGUGUCUGUAAAAUGUGCUACUGAGAACUCAGAUGAUUUCUUUUAAUCUAGAGAGAAGAGAUGACAACAUAAGAAGUUGAUAUCCACACUGUCUUACUUCUUGAAUAGUGGAAGCAUGGAGUUUCUUAUUAAGUAAAAACAAUACUGAUA